CCUGCCACAUCUCAAACCACAAGAUAACUUCGACGGAAUGCUAUCUCCUGAAAAGUUGAAAGCCUUUGCAUCUCUUGAAGGGAUAACGGAGCUCUGCCAGACAGAUAACUCCGGUAUAGACAAUGACGGCCAGAUUAACGAUGCCAUGAACAAUGACGAACCCGACCCCUUGCAGACUAUUCGGCCACGUUCUCGAAGGUCUUUUGAUGACGAAGUAAUGCCGCCGCGCAGCCCGCGCAGAAGGCAUAGACAAUACCCGGUUUCUGCGUUUAGGAGAGGCCCGAUUAUAUCAUCAACUUCAGGAGUAGCGAAACCAAUUCGUCAACGACCAGCAAACUUUUACGAAGAGAGCUCUGUCGAAGAUUAUUCAGAUCUCAUUGAAGCAAAUGAUGAAGUGCUAGAGAGUAAAUUAUCUGCCAUGCCGGUAAGAACCAAUGGUGGUCGUUUUCUUUUAAAAUAAACCAUAAACCCUAACUUAACGGUUUAUAGGGUAUCGGACAGGAUGAAAGUUCAGCCCAUACACAACCUGUAAUGGGCCAAGAGAUCUUCACAGGCGAUGAAAACAUCCCCGUAAAACCAAGCGUACAUAGGAGGAAGAGAUCAGAAUUUGCUCGAUCUCGAUCAGCUAUCGAGAUAGAAAUGUAUGCCGAGGAUGAGGCUGACGAGGACUUCUCUGAUAUUCUCGGUGACAAUGAAAAUACCCUUGUCAAACUGGAGAGUGAGGAGGGCUCAGAUCGCAGCACCUUGAUGCUCAACUCGAAACUAUCAACAAACUCAUGGCUGGGAGACAUUGAUGACGAGGAUGAUCCAUUUGCUCAGCUAGAGGAAGGCCUGGACGAACUCGACUUGGAAGCUAACAUUGCACGAGAUAAAUAUGCACGGCUACGCAACCAGGUGGAGGGACUUGUUAGCUCUUUGAAAACCUCACAGGACGAUGAAGUUCUAGUAGAUAUCUCAGAGCAAUUGAUGACCAUAUUUUCAGAUAUGCCGGAAACCAAGUCUGUCAUCAUGAGUGCUCACGGAAUGCUUCCUAUCCUAGAAAUUUUAGACACCUGCAGGCGCCGGGAUGUGAUUUCUAACUUAUUGAAAAUCGUCAACGCCAUCAUCUACAAUGAUUACGAGAUUCAGGAAAACCUGUGUUUCGUUGGUGGCAUACCGAUUAUCAACAAGUUUGCUUCGAAGAAAUACCCAAGGGAAAUCCGUCUUGAGGCUGCCGCAUUUGUCCAGCAAAUGUAUCAGACAUCAACUCUGACAUUGCAAAUGUUCGUCAGUGCUGGUGGACUGAAUGUCCUUGUCGAAUUCCUCGAGGAUGAUUAUGAGGAUGAAAGAGAGCUUGUACUAAUCGGUGUAAAUGGUAUAUGGAGUGUGUUUGAAUUGCAGGGAUCAACUCCAAAGAAUGACUUCUGUCGGAUACUGUCUCGAAACUCGGUCUUGGAUCCCUUGUCCCUCGUCUUGAGCAGAGUACUUGAUGAGGAAGAGGGUGAAAUGGCAGAGGUCUGUGAGGCUCGCAUUUCUAACAUCUUCUUCAUAUUCUCACAAGCCGAAAGCCACGUUAAAGAGAUGGUGGCAGAGAGAACCGUAUUGCAUCGUGUAUUGAAAGAACUGAAGAGAAUGUCACCCAGUCCUCAGAUAACGAUGCUCAAAUUCAUUAAAAACCUCUCCAUGCUGUCCACAACUCUUGACUCUCUCCAAAACUCAAAUGCCAUUGAUGUUCUAACUGAACUCCUCCGAUCAACUAUGAAAAAGCCACAUUUCCGCGAAGUAUCAAAUCAGAUACUAAAUACCAUCUAUAAUAUGUGCCGUCUUAGCAAAUCGAGGCAAGAGGACGCUGCUUUGAACGGCAUAAUACCUUUACUACAGAAAAUCGUUAAAACAGAACGACCGUUGAAAGAGUUUGCGCUUCCUAUCCUCUGCGACAUGGCGCAUUCCGGCAAGGUUGGGCGCCGUGAGCUUUGGCGCAAUAAAGGGUUGACAUUCUAUAUUUCCUUGCUCUCGGAUCCAUACUGGCAGGUCACAACUCUAGAUGCUAUUUUUACUUGGCUCCAAGAAGAAACUGCCAAGGUCGAAGAGUACCUCCUCGAUACCCAACAUGGAGACUCUUCGUUUACCAUAGCUAUUAUCCGAUGCAUGACAAUAUCAAAAGCAAAUGCCUUUGAAAACCUCCUUGAGCCUUUGCAAAAGUUGCUUCGACUAAGUCCCGCGAUUGCAGCUACCUUUGCCAGGCCCGAUAUGUUUGAACGCAUUGGGCAAAAAUUACAGCAUACUAAACCAUCCGUUAGAGUGAACCUAUUGCGAAUCCUAUCUACGAUAUGCGAUUCCAGUCAAGAACAAUGUGGCCUGCUUCGUCGUUACGGUUUACUUGAUGCUAUACGAGAACUGCAAAAAGACUCUCGUGUCCUUGUGAGAGAGCUCGCGGGUCAACUAGUGAAGAACAGCGAAGAUAGCGAUAAUGCAAGUUUGAAUGGAUCAAAACGAAGGCAAAGACGAAGAAGUACAUCUACAGCUGCCCCCCCUAGUCUAAUCUCCAGCCACUCCAUGCCAGCUUCGCCUCAAGUGACUAGACCAAUUUCCCAAAAGCCAUAUUACGAAGGCCGAGAGUCUUCUCGCCGUCAGAACGGACUCGAUAGUUCUCUAAACCUCCGUCCUGGGAGCCGGGAUGGUGGAAGGCCACCAAAUAUCCAUCCUGGUCUGUCGGGCAACAGCAGCACAGGAUUACCGGGCAAGACACCGCGGCUGAAUCAUAGAUUAUCACAACAACUGCUUCCCGGCUCAUCGCAAAAGGAGGAAAUCAGGACCCCUACCACUACACGAACACCGUCCCUCCUUCAACCAUCAUCACGGAGGCGCAGACAAACCAAUACCAGCUCAAACUGGUCUUGA